AUGGCCGCCGUGAUGUGCUCGGUCCGCGUCGUGGCGGGCGGCGACGAGGGCAGCGACAGCGAUGACGGCGACUGGGACAUUGGCGUCGUGCGGCAGGAGCCGCAGCAGUUGGAUGAAUUGUUGCAGGCAGACAAGAAUGAGGCGUUAAAGAAGGCUCUGUUUCGUGGUGAUGCGUCGCUGAUUGAAGAACUCUUAAACUCGGGUAUCAGCAUAGAAACGAGCUUUCAGUUUGGGUGGACUCCCCUGAUGUGUGCAGCCAGCGUGGCUAACUUUGCAGUAGUGCGUCUUCUUCUGGACAGAGGUGCUAAUGCAUGUUUUGAAAUAGAUAAAUACACGGUGUUGAUGGCAGCAUGUACUGCACAAGCUUCAGAGGAGAACAUCUUGAACACUGUGGAACUGCUUUUAUCAAGGAAUGCUGACCCUAACCUCACUUGCAGGAAACAAAUGACUGCACUGAUGUACGCAGCUAGAAAAGGCUAUCCUCGGGUUGUUGCUUUUCUUGUUGCUCAUGGAUCACACAUAAAUGCCCAAGAUGAAAAUGGAUAUACAGCAUUAAUAUGGGCAGUACAGCAUGGACAUAAAAGUGUAAUUUUGAAGUUGCUUGAGCUAGGAGCUGACAAAAAUCUACAGACCAAGGAUGAAAAAACAGCGGCAGACCUAGCAAAAAUCAAUAAACAUUUAGAGAUAUUUAAUUUGCUCUCGUUGGCUGCAAAUCACUUGCAAGGGAGAUACCAUAAAACAGUUGAGCAAGAGGCUAACUGCAAAUUUCUGGCAGCUGUCUCUGACCACAGUGUUGGUUCCUAUUCAACUUUUCAUGAAAUGGAAGUGUUUUUACAUGGUCUUGGUCUAGAACACAUUAGAGAAUUACUGCAGGAACAAGAUAUAGCUUUAAGACAACUUCUGACCAUGCAAAAAGAUGACUUAAUACAGAUUGGCAUUACAAAUCCUGGGGAUCAGCAGAAACUCCUAGAUGCUAUUAACGAUCUGCAAGUGGAAGGAAAAAAAUUUGAAGACAUCUCUGAAAUUAUGAAGCUGGAAUUGAGUGAAGAUGAAUUGCUCAAGUUUCUUCAGAAGUUGAAUAAAGAGUGUAGUAAGCUGAUCAUUCCUGUGCAGACCAUGAAUAACCAUUUCCUCAAAAAUUCUCACAAGAUGGCACUGCCGUGGGCACCAACUGAAUGCUAUAUUGAAGUCUGUAAAGAUGUGAUUUGCAGUGUUAAAAAGUUGGAAGAAGAAGUUCACAAACUGAAGGACCUCGUGGUGGAGUAUGAAGAAAAGAAUAAACCUAACCAAGCGAAAGUUCCAGAAAAAGCAGCCACCUUGGAAAAAAGAUCAGUAAAAAUGGGAGUGGUAACAUUGCUUGGAUUUGGUUUUUUCUUAUGUGUAAUUAAAUUAGUAGCAAAGAGAGCCUGAAUUUAAGUUUAGUAUUGUUUCUCAUCAUAUCUGUGGUAAUUAUAUCUAGUAUGUACUUUGAUCUAAAAAAACCUGUUUUCACUUUUAAUAACUUUACUUAAGAGUAUCUUAGGGUUUUAUUUUGAAAUUCAUUGUUGGUAUAGAAUGUGGAUCUAAAAUCUUGUCAAAGCUGCUUUUCAUUUUUUGGCAUAAAACUGUGAUUAUUGCUUACUAAUUACUAGUUUCGGUUUUUUGGUUUUACCUGUUCAGAGGUGAAUAUAAAUAAAUUCUGAUUAUAUAUCAUAUGUUUGUAUUUAAAAUUAUAAUAAUGCAGAUGUGUUUUGGGGGUUGGCAGGGUUUAAAAUAUUUUCAGUAUCACUUUAAAUUUUAUGUUGAUAAAGAUCUUUUCUCUUGCAGAGAGAUACAUGUCUAUUUUUCACAAUCAAGAGAAUUGUGGAGAUCUUGUUUCAUUUUGUCUAAAAAGUCAUUUCCCAUUGAACUAUGAUACUUAUAUUAUGCCUGAAUUCUGCUUCCUUAGGGAUACUCACCUCUAUUAAGAGUUUCAUCACAUCUAUUUAAAGGAUUAUAGUAGUACUUUGCUGUAAGAAUGCAGACAAUGUAGAAGGCAUAGCAGCUUGUUUUUUCUUGGUCUAGUCUUUCACUACAAAUUUUUUCUUAAUAUUUUCUCCACUUAAAAAGGUGUUUGUAAUCCCACAGUGAAACAUUUGUAACUGGUUUUGAUCUGCUUACUAAACCAGGUAUGUUGGGAAAAAAGGAAGUUGGUGUAAGUGAAUUCAAACUAGUUAUGUUUUUGUAGGUUUCAGUAAGCAUCUGUAAAAAUUCUGAAUAGUUUGGAAGGAAGAUUUUUCUUUCAAAAUGAAACAAAAAGAGUCUAAAAACAUAAACCUGAAUGGGUGUGUGAAACUUGUUCUCUGAGUUUUCAGAAAGUUGUCUAGUGUCUUAACCUUUGGAAUUCCCUCUAGAGCCUAGAAAGGAGAAGAUUAAAACUUAGGUGCUAUUCCAGUCAUUGUUACUGCUGUUUUCUGCUUGCCUUAGAGAAUUGCAUUGGGUGUUCGUGUGUUUUGUUGUUACUGCAAUUGUUUUACCUCUUUUCAUCCUUCAAUGCCAGGAACAUCCUACAGAGUGAUGAGGCCAGAAGCAAAAACAACAUAAGUUGGGGUUUUUUUUCUGUUUUAUUCUGCUCCCAAACUGGUGUCAGAAGGGAUAAGCUGUGUUCACCACCACCACCAUCUACCAGAAGUGAAAAUGAACAUUCUAUCAGCAUGAACAAAGUAUAUAAAAGGAAGUACUUAAAAAAUAGUUCUGUGGUCCUUCAUACUAACUUAGAAUUGAUCCUAAACUAACAGGGCAUGUAUUGUGGAAGGAACAUCACCUUUUAUAUACUCCUCCUCUAAUCAGCUCAAAAUACAGUUCAAAUGCAGUUGCUCAGUGAUGGGUUGGCUCACAGGCAGUACUAGAACUUUGACACCUAAUGUCUUUUGGGAGUUUCUGUUGGGUGAAGGUGUUUGGGGUUUCUCGGGUUGGUAGUGGAGGGGGAGUGGCCAGGCAUGUUAUACAGACUGUUUCCUACAUGUACUUUUGCAUUAUUUAAGUGGAAUUAUUUCAACUGCUCAUAAAGUUUCUGCCCUUCAAAAGAUUCUGCUUCUUAGCCCUUACUUCCCCAUUUAAGUGACUAAUUGCAUUAACAAAGCCACUUCAAAGGACACUGAAUGUGGCUUUCAUUUCAAGAGAUGCAUUUCCUGUCACUAGUAGAUACUGACAUUUGAGACAACAAAAAUUCAAACUCUUUUUCCAUCAAUUUGAAGAAAAGAUCUGGUCAGUGGGAGGCCUUUCAAGCUUAACUUGGAGCUCUUGCAGUUGAACCAAAAAUCUGCUCCAGAGAAGUUUUAUCAGUAUUUAACUAAAUUAUUACGGCUUUGGUGUAAAAUACUUAGCAGAGAAAAAAGUAAUGCAUGAUAGUUGCUGGUAAUUUUUUUUUUCAAGUGUGAGCAUUAUAAUAAAGUGAGUUUUGCAGAAGGGAGUCAAAGGUCUGAACUUCAGGAGAUGAUGUCCAAAAUAGAUUUGGAAGAAGCUGGUCUUUUUGAAUUAUCUUAUGGAUCACCUGUUUCUGGUGCUUAUAGUCAUAAUUUCAAACACACAUGUGAACAUCAUUUGAGUUAAACAUAGGCUUUAUGCCAGCAGCAUCCUCGGCAUCCUGUACUGUUUAAGUAGAGUGUUCGAAAUUCCAUAAACCACUCACAAGAAGCAAGGGUCUUGGAGUAACCACUUGAAGCUGUUUUCAUUAAUUGGUCAGUCAGAAACUGCAUUGCAUGAGGAGGACAUUUAAAGAGCCAAAUGAACAAAGAGUAUUUUAACGUACCAUAUCAUUUUAAAAAAAUGAAAUUGCAUUUACCUUCUUGGAUUCCAAACUCGGGCUUAGAUGAAGCAUUUCAAUAUCCUUUAUUCAAUUUCAUGUUGCUGCAGUGCCUCUUUCAAAUUCUCUGAAAGGUGUCACAAUAAGGUAGUGAUAGGGCAGGAAGUAAAGAAAAAGAUUCCUUCAACGUGUGGCCCUUGAGCUACACUUUCAGAAUUCUUACCCCCACCAGCUCCUAAGGGAGCCUUCAUAUGAAAACGUCCCUGCUGAGAGGCCUCCUUCUGCAAGCCAUCAAAUUGCAGUCAUUAUCCCAGAACAGUAAGAAUACAAUGAUUUGCACAUCCAUGAGGGGAUUGGAGGAGAAUGCUAAAGAGCUUUGCAUGUAUUAAGCAGGUAAACUUUGCAGCCCUGCUGCUGUUGUUAUCCUCCUACAGUAGUGCAAAUUGGGAUGAUGAGGAUUGAGUGAAUUGGACCUCGGGCCAAAUCCUGUGGGAUACCUGGUUGCUUAAAGAUGCAGUGAGGUUCCUACUUGGAGCUGUCAUUGGAUACCUAACUUGUCUUCAUAGGGAUGAUUAUUCAUACCAUGGCCUUUUCUGUGUCUGUAGGCUGUUGUGUAAAAUUAGGGCCUUGGGUGAUCCUGUGGAGAUCUGAAGGAACUGCAAGAUUUUAUUUUUUUUUAAUUUUCCUGUCUAAGAUAGGCUGUGACUUGUUUGUCCUGUGUCUCUCUUCUGUGCUUUGGGAUUUGCCCUGCUCUUUAAAUUUGACUUGUGCAGUACCUGGCCUUUUGUAAGACAUCACCCUUAAUUAUUCCUGCUAGCCAAUUACAACUAAUAAAGAGCAUUUUGGGCUAUUGUUGUAUUGCACCGGUCUUACAGGGUAUGUGUAUUCCUAAAUUGAGAAAGAGUGAGCGUGUGUUUCUACUAUAUUCUCCACUACCCUCAGCAAGUGUUUGGUUUAUCUUUUAUUUCAUCCAAGUGCCUUGUUAAGGAUAAGACUUAAAAUGUACAAUGUAUUCUUCUGUCUUUUGUUUUCUUUGAACCUUUACAGGUGUUUCCCAAAGCUAUCACUUCUUCAUGAGCAGAUGAUUGUUUGCAUUUGCCUUCUCUAUUCCUCCAGUUCUGCAAAAGCUACAGUUUGUCUUUUUCAAAUAAAACUCCUGUGUUUCUACAAAUGUAAUAAUACACACUGUAAAGU